AUGAGGACGAAGAACAAGUGCAUUGAGGGAGGAGCAUCUCAUAAAGGUUCCCGGGCCCCGAAGACCACACUUGCAAAGGGUACGAAAGGUAACUCUUCAGUGGCUUCCUCAAGCUCGAAAAAACGGAAGCCAGCAAAACGAAUAUCGGGUCCUAUGGCUACUGGGGUGUUCAGGGUACGUGUCUUCAAACCAAGGGAUGAGUACAUACGGUAUCGCCACUAUGCGGACUUACGUGAAGCGGAAGAACAACAUCGAACUCCAGAAGGGGCCAAGAUAAGGGUAGCAAACAUCUCUCCUCAGCUAUGGUCAGCGCGAAUACCAUGCUGGGCCGCCGAAAAUGAAAGUAAACUUGUGCGGAUACCCCGUGGGCAAGAUAGCCCUGAUCUACCAUUACCUGAUGGUGUCACGCAUGUAACUGCUGAAGCUGCAACUGAGCUUUUGGACCUAAUUGCUGGGUUGAAUGCUGUACUAUUUUCAACUGCAUUGCAAGCAAGCAUAGAGAUUAGGCACCUACGGCAAGAGAAUGAGAUAUUGAAGAACACCUCGGGAACAACCAUUGCAAGUUCGGGUCUUGUUCAACACAUCUUAGAUGAUGAUGCAGAACAUGAGUUUCGCACAAAAUUUAAACAUGACAUAGAUAGAAAAGGAAAGACCAAACUUGUGAUACAAGAAGAGCAUGAAGAAGAUGAGGAAGAGGAAGAAGAAGAGGAAGAAGAGGAAGAAGAAGAGGAAGACGAAGAGGAAGAUGAAGAUGAAGAGGGAGAUGAAGAGGAAGUUUGGAUCGAAGACAGGGAUGAGGAUGAGGAUGAGGAUGAGGAUGCCGAUGAGGACGGGGCUGCAGUUAACGGUAAUCCAGAUGCAGAACAACCCUCCACAUACCAAAAACGCAAAGGUGUGAAAAGUCUUCGUUCACAUACCCCAAAGAGAAAGAAAACCAAGUAA